UGUUUCAUUAGAUAGAUAGAUUAGUCGAUCGAUUAGUCUGAGAAGUUGAAAAAUGGCGACGCCGGCGUCAGCCUAUCAGAAGCUCAUAUCGGUAGGAACGAAGAUCGUCGCAGUUGGUCGGAACUACGCUGCUCACGCCAAGGAGCUUGGCAACGCCGUUCCCAAGGAGCCGGUCUUGUUCAUGAAACCGACAUCAUCUUACUUGCAGGACGGAGGAACGAUAGAGAUUCCAAAUCCAUUGGAGUCUCUGGAUCAUGAAGUAGAACUUGCUGUAGUUAUCUCUCGUAAAGCUCGCGAUGUCUCCGAGGCCACAGCCAUGGAUUAUGUUGGAGGUUAUGCGCUUGCACUUGACAUGACUGCCAGAGAAAUUCAGUCAAAAGCAAAGUCUGCAGGCCUUCCAUGGACUAUAGCCAAGGGUCAAGAUACUUUCACACCAAUCAGUUCUAUUCUAUCCUUAUCGAUGGUUCCAGAUCCUCAUGACUUGGAACUGUGGUUAAAGGUUGAUGGAGAAAUUCGGCAGAAGGGUUCAACUAGUGAUAUGAUAUUCAAAAUCCCAUACCUGAUAAGUCACAUAAGUUCUAUCAUGACCUUACUUGAAGGAGACGUUAUACUAACAGGUACUCCUCAAGGUGUUGGUCCAGUGAAAGCGGGUCAGAAAGUAACUGCUGGCAUUACCGGCCUCUUGGAUGUAAACUUUGAGGUUGGGAAAAGGAAAAGACCCGGGUUUUCUUAAGCAAGCAAACAAUCUUCCAAUGCCUAUUUCCUUCUUCUGCUUCUGCUUCUAGGGAGGUAAAUAUAUAUAUCUAAAGUUACUCACUUGGAUUAAUAUUAGCAUUGGCAGAUUGACUUGCAUCCUGACUUGCAUCAACACCAAGCAAAUUUUAUCAUUUUAGAUGUUUCGAAGUUGGAACAGACAUGGAAUUCGUGUUAUUGUUGUUAGUUUGAAUCGUUUACUGGAUAUUCAA